AGCUUCAUAUUACGGUGUGAGAGUUAGAUAAGCAGCAGCAAGAAAGAAAAGUUUGGUGCCUUCUUUUUGCUGGGUGGAAAGUGCGUGUGCGCGAAGAAAUCGCAUAUUUAGAUACGAUAAAAUCGCUGGUUCGACUUGUUUGUAACUCGAAAGGAACUGUUGAAGUAAAGUUUUGUUUCACCCAAUAUAAUAAGUGAAUGUGUGCCUAGAGGGGGAUUGAAGCCGUCAUUCCUGUCAAUCCUAGCUCGAAAGGUUAGUCUGUUAGUGAAAAAAAAACCGCACUUGAAAAAAAUCGGCGAUAAUGGCUCUCAGCCGCAUCUACACAUCUAAAUUGGCCAGCGCCAACAAGAAUGUUCUCCCAGUUUUGACAAACUACGUACGGAAUGCAUCUGACAGCACAGAUCUGAAGGCAAUCUUAACCGACAAGAUUCCGAAAGAGCAGGAGCGCAUCAAGAACUUCCGCAAGCAACAUGGAAACACCAAAGUGGGCGAAGUUACCGUUGAUAUGAUGUACGGUGGAAUGCGAGGUAUUAAGGGUUUGGUGUGCGAAACCUCGGUUCUGGAUCCGGAAGAGGGUAUCCGUUUCCGUGGCUUGUCGAUUCCGGAGUGCCAGAAAGUAUUACCCAAGGCUCCAGGUGGCGCUGAACCUCUACCCGAAGGUCUGUUCUGGUUGUUGAUCACCGGUGAUGUUCCCACCAAGGCUCAAGUGGAUGCGCUAUCACGUGAAUGGGCGAAUCGCGCUGCAUUGCCGUCGCACGUUGUUACAAUGCUGAACAACAUGCCAACCACUUUGCAUCCAAUGUCCCAGCUGAGUUGCGCCGUGACUGCUCUCAACCACGAGAGCAAGUUCGCAAAGGCUUACUCCGAGGGUGUGCACAAGAGCAAGUACUGGGAGUACGUCUACGAAGACAGUAUGGACUUAAUUGCUAAACUGCCAGUUGUUGCUGCCACUAUUUAUCGUAACACGUACCGUGAUGGCAAGGGUAUAGGUGCCAUCGAUCCAAAGAAGGAUUGGUCCGCUAACUUCACCAAGAUGUUGGGUUACGAAGAUGAAAAGCUCACCGAAUUGAUGCGGCUGUAUUUAACCAUCCAUAGUGAUCACGAGGGUGGCAACGUAUCUGCUCAUACAGUUCAUCUGGUUGGUUCAGCCUUGAGCGAUCCUUAUCUGUCGUUCGCGGCAGGAAUGAAUGGAUUGGCUGGUCCACUCCAUGGUCUGGCCAACCAAGAAGUAUUAGUGUGGUUGCAAAAACUACGCAAAGAGCUUGGUGAUAAUGCGGGUGAAGAGAAAGUCAAAGACUUUAUCUGGAAGACCCUCAAAUCGGGACAGGUUGUUCCCGGGUAUGGGCAUGCCGUACUUCGUAAAACCGAUCCUCGAUACACUUGCCAGCGCGAGUUUGCUUUGAAACAUCUGCCAAAUGACCCCCUAUUCCAACUGGUUUCCAAUAUUUACAAGGUCGUUCCCCCAAUUCUGACUGAAUUGGGCAAGGUCAAGAACCCAUGGCCAAAUGUAGAUGCUCACUCGGGUGUGCUGCUGCAAUAUUACGGACUCAAAGAAAUGAACUAUUACACUGUGUUAUUCGGUGUUUCCCGCGCUCUUGGAGUGUUGGCUUCAUUAGUUUGGGACCGCGCUCUUGGUCUGCCUAUCGAACGCCCAAAAUCCAUGUCCACAGAUGGACUGGUCAAAGCUACCGGUGGCAAGUAAAUCAGCGAAACGAACUAUCCAAACAUCAACCAAAAAUCAAAUCAACAAUUAUCCCGAAACUGUGGCAACCGUACGAGCCAAGCAUAAGCUACAUUCUAGAGACAAUUUGUGACACCUCGUUGAAGAGACCGUCUACAACUGUCAAGCGAGUAAAAACCUUCAACUCAAGUUUCCUUUCACAUCUUUGCGUAGUCUUUGCCUCCUCAAGAAUAAUACGGAAAACUUCUACUUAUAUACAUUUGUAAAAUUGUAUGAUUUUAAUUAAGUGUUAUGAGCAUAAGUAACUUAACUAAUUGUAGAGAGCAAAUCAACGCAAUUGCCUCAUGAGCGCCAUCAGAAAAUAAGGCCUUGCGAAAAAAAGCCAGCGAAUGAGUGGAAGACUCUCGCAGACCUGAAAUCAUUUUUAUUUAUUGUAUACCUAAAAUAAUAGGUUUAAACCAACUGUGUUGAAUAGAAGCCUUCAUAAAGCGUUAGAGAAAAAGAAUCACAAUAAAAAGAAACAAAAAUAAAAAAGUUCUUUUCUCGUGCAGCAGCAAAAUUAGUCACCUUUAAACACCGAAGUGAAAAUGCUACCUCAACAACCAUUUUUCUUAAAUUCUUACAAUAACCUACGAUGAUGGCAAAGGCUUGGUGUUUUCGCGAUUGAUUUACAAUGAAGAAGUCACUUGCGAGCAAUACUUCAGUAAGGUGAAGCACAUUCGAAUGGGAAUAGAUCAAAUAUUGUGUUCUCUUUUGGAUUAAACUGUACAUUUUAUGUACACUGAAUGUGUCCAUUGCACAGUUUAAAGCUUAACUUACAAAUCUUACCCUGGAUUGGUUAAAAUUGAUAUGACAGAAACUGCACUUAUAAUAUACACACUAACAGUAAUGUAACACCGUGUAAAAAUGUGAAUGGGCUUAAUGUAAACUAAGCUAGUUAUAGCAUUAGGCAUCACCAUACAAACAAAACAAGUCAAAACCAAUGAUAAUAAGCUAGUGAAUAGGGCUCAAAAAGCAAAUUGAAUAUAGAGUACUUAAACGCAAUGUAGCAAGAGUGAUGUAAACAAUAGUAAAAUUAAUAGGUGGUGCGCAGACCAAACUGAUAUUUUUCUCAAUUGUUUCAAUUACUUCUAUUUUGAAGUUCCUUAUGUUUUCACUCUGUUCUUAACAUUCUCGUAUACAAAGGCUUUUAUUCAGUUCAGUUUUCUUUCUUUGCAUCUACAUGAAAUGAUAAAUGAUGUUGUAUGGAUCUGUUAAAAUUUACUUACGACUGCAAUAAAAAUAAGUUAUUCAAA